AUGGUUUCGAGCCUGAAUCUAGGAAGAGCUACCUUCUUGACUAUAUCAAGGGCUUUGAGAUCAAAGCAGCAUCUUGUCAAUAAGCCAUUGACAAAGCGAUUCAUCAGCACAAUCAAACGAGAUGGUCAUGUCAUUUUGGGAGGCAGUGUCAAUCACGCGUACCAAAAGAGAUGUAUUCACGCUACAGCGCCCACAUCUGCACCAAAAAAGGAUCCUUAUGAAGUUUUGGGCGUAAAGAAGAGCUCAACCGCAAGCGAAAUCAAGAAAGCUUAUUACGGUUUGGCCAAGAAAUACCACCCAGACACAAACAAAGACAAAGACGCUCGCGAAAAAUUUGUUCAGAUUCAGGAAGCCUAUGAAAUUUUAUCUGACGAGCAAAAGCGUCAACAAUACGAUCAGUUUGGCCAUGGAUUUGAAGGCGGCGCGCCAGGUGGAGGCAGUCCCUACGGUGGAUUUGGAAGUGGAAGCGGAUUUCCCGGUGGGUUUGACCCCAAUGAUAUAUUCAGUCAAUUCUUUGGUGGUGGAUUUGGUGGUAGAGCUGGCGGUGGCGGUGCAGAUCCUUUCCAUAAUCGACCUACGCCUGGAGAAGAUUUGCAAGUACCCCUCACGUUGACAUUCAUGGAAGCAGUAAAGGGUGCUACCAAAUACGUCCAAGUGAAUAAGGUGACAAACUGUGAUACAUGCCAUGGUAGCGGUCUAGGCGAGGGUAAAAAGAAGGAGACAUGUCAGGUAUGUCAUGGUUCUGGUGUGCAAACAAUCAUGAUGGGUGGCUUCCAUAUGCAAACUGCCUGUCAAUCAUGUGGUGGUGCAGGCAGUUCUAUUCCUGCUGGAUGUGGUUGUCCAUCUUGUAACAGUAUGGGUAAAGUCAGAGAAAGAAAGACAGUUCAAGUCAAGGUGCCUCCAGGUGUAGACCAAAACUCUCGAAUUCGAGUUACUGGCGAAGGUGAUGCUCCAUUGAAGGGACAAGGUCCCAAUGGCGAUUUAUUUGUUACAUUAAAUAUCCAAGCAUCCAAGGUGUUCCGCAGACAAGAUUCAGACAUUUUUGUUGAUGCAAAGAUCCCCUUCUAUAAGGCCAUGUUGGGCGGUCGUAUCCGCAUUCCAACAGUAGAUGGUGAUGUCGAUGUCAAGGUGCCCUCAGGAGCUCAACCUGGUGAUAACAUUGCUCUGAGAGGUCGUGGUAUUCAACGACUUCGUAGUAACGCUCGUGGUGAUCAAAUUGUGACACUCAAGGUGGAAUUCCCUCGAUCAUUGAAGGGCAAGCAAAAAGAAAUCAUUCAAGAGUAUGCAGCAUUAGUUGAUGAAGAAUACAGACCCAAAGAGGAGCCACCCAUUCAAGUUGCUCCCGACACACCUCCACCAUCGCCAUCAAGCGAGAAUGUGCCUGGAGAUGAGGACAGCGACAAGAAGGAAGGCGGCUUCUUCAAAAAUGCAUUUGGCAAGAUCAAAGGCAAGAUUUGCCAUGAUGAAGAUGAGAAGAACAAGAACAAGGAUAGCGAUCAAGACAAGCACGAUGAAAAGAAAUAA